AUGGUCCAAUUACUGUAUAUAGUUGCAAGUUUGCACGUUUUACUAUGCCCAUUUACAAAAGUAGAAGAAAGUUUUAAUAUACAAGCUACUCACGACGUUUUAUAUCAUCGAAAUAACCUAUCACAGUAUGAUCAUAACGAGUUUCCAGGGGUCGUGCCAAGGUCAUUUAUCGGCCCUCUAGUAAUUUCAGCCAUAUCAGCCCCUAUAGUAACGUUAUUUCAUGUUACCGGAAUCAACAAGUUUUGGAUGCAAUAUGUAGUUCGCUUAAUGCUUGCACUGUCAGUAAUAGCAGCAUGGAGUCGGUUGAGGAAUGCAUUACAAAAACAAUUUGGAAACACAUUUGCCUGGUGGUUUACUAUCAUCACUGUCACUCAGUAUCAUUUCAUGUUUUAUAUGAGCCGGCCAUUACCUAAUAUUAUGGUGCUACCAUUAGUGCUAUUGUCAUUUGAAGGUUGGCUGAGAGGUAGACCGAAGUUGUUUAUAGUAUCUGCUGGAGCUUCAAUAAUCAUAUUUAGGUCUGAGCUAGCUAUGCUUUUCGGAUUGUUCCUCAUCAUAGAUUUAUAUUUCAGGAAAAUUGACUUAAGAACGCUAUUCAAGAUAGCAGUACCAGCAGGCAUUGGACUGAUAGGACUUACUAUAGCUAUAGAUUCUCUGUUUUGGAGACGGCUGCUGUGGCCCGAAGCAGAAGUCUUUUGGUACAACACCAUCCUUAACAAGAGCUCUGAUUGGGGUACAUCACCAUUUCUGUGGUACUUUUACUCAGCACUACCUCGUGGACUUGGGCCCAGUUUAGUUUUAAUCCCACUUGGAAUGUACUUGGAUAAGCGGCUGAUUCAGUUUGCUGCGCCGGCAUUCGUUUACAUUUUACUGUAUUCAUUUUUGCCGCAUAAGGAACUUAGGUUUAUAAUAUAUGUCUUCCCUUUGCUCAAUAUGGCGUCUGCUGCGGCUUGUACGUAUAUAUAUGUAAGACGAACGAAAGCCCCCAUUUACGAAUUACUAUUUUGGGGCACAAUUGUAAUAAUAAUAGGUAACAUUAUAAUAUCAUUAGCAUUCACUUUGGUAGCUAUGACGAAUUAUCCUGGUGGAGUGGCUAUUACUAGAUUCCAUAAACUUUUGAAAAACGAACCGUUCGUCCAUGUCCAUAUUUGUAAUUUGGCAGCACAAACUGGUGUAACUAGAUACACCCAAAUUCACGAUCGCUGGACAUAUAGUAAAAACGAAUCUUUACAACCAGAACAAUUACAAGAAUAUACCCAUCUUCUUGUUGAAGCAAAAAGCAAAUAUUCACCAAAUCUCAAAUAUUUUACACAAACACAUGUUAUUUUAGAUAGUAUAGAAUCAUUUUCCCAGAUAGCCAUGAAUUAUAAGUUGAUGCCGCCGAUACGAAUUAAAACUAAACCAGCUUUAUUUAUACUAGAAAGGAUAGAUUUCCGCGAAAAUCCACAUGGAUACGGUUCUAUGGACUUAAAAUCAAAGGAAACUAUACCUCAAAUAAGUGAAGAAACUGUUGUAGAAGAAAUUGAUUAUGAAAAUAUCGAAGAAAAGACUAUUCCUGCAGAAUCUAAAGAAUCUAUAAAUAUAGUGGAAGAAAAACUUGACAGAAAUGAAGAACAAAGACAAGAAGAAGUAGUUCAUAAUGUAGAAAUAUUUGAAGAUAAAAUUGUACCUAAAGUUGAAAUAGAAGAAAAGAACUUAAAAGAAGCAGAAAAUGAAUCGAUAUCACAAGAAAAUAUAAUCGGCAAUUCAAAAUUACACAAAGCUAAAAAAGCUAUUGAAGAUUUAAAAAUAUUAAGACAGGAAAGAAAAAAGAAGGCUAUAGAAAAAAUUAAACUAGAAACUCGAAAAGAAGUUGUGGCAUCAGCGAAAGAGAAACUGAAGGAAAUAAUGAAACGUCACAAACAUAUUGCUGACGAACUAUCAAAUAGUAUUAUUUCUGAUGUUACAAUAGAAUUGGAAGAACAGGAAAAAGAUGGUAGAGGAGAUAUACCCAAUAUCGAAUCUAUUGUUCAAGAAAAUAAUGAUGCUCCUGAAACAGAAAGUCAAGAUAAAGAAACACCAGAAACAGUUACAGAUAAUAUACUAUCUGAUAGUCCUACAACAGUUAAGAACGAAAACGUAGAUUCUAUUGUAGAAGAAGUCAUAGUCAGGUUAAUAGACAGGAAAAUCUAUGAUGACAAAACAAAACCUGAAGAUAUCAAAGCGGAGGAUAGGCUAAUGAUACAAAAAAUUGUUGAAGAAGUUUUAUCAGAAAGAAUGAAUUACUCUAAUGUUGAUACUAAGUAA